UUGUAGGUUUCAUCGAUCGCACUUAGAUAGAAGUUAGAUUGAUAGAUAUGAACGCACUUGUGACUCCAGGCGGACAAAGAGCUGUUUGUUUAUUAAAUGAUAUUGAUCCGAGUUGCUAAAUAAUAAAGAGUCAGGAGUGUAGCAUCUGAAAAAAAUCUUAAUUUAAAUAUUGUCAGAAAAUUACCGCCUCCAUGUUUCAACUGGUUUCAGUUAAGUGAUGCAUUAAUAAACUAAAAGCAAACAAAAUAAAUAAAUUCUUGUUCUGGCUAAUUAUUAUUUCAACAUCUACAGUUUUGGGUUUGUGAACUGCUGUGACUUCAAAGAAACAUUACUAUUCAUUUAUUUAAUAUUCAUAUUAACAGCUAGAUUGCUGCCCUUAGCUGUGUCAAGCACUUUAAAGUCUUUCAGCCUCUUGUUUUGGUUUUGACAGCCAAUAGAGGGUUUGCACGUUACUGCCUCCUGGGCCCACAACCCCCUGAGUGGCAACAACAAAGUAAAAAUGUUUCCGUAAAUACAGCAAGACUGGGAAGAAUGUGGAUUGUCAGAUUAAAUUUGACUUGACAAUGAUUCAUACGAACUAGUAUGGAUUUGGAAAAGUGGACUAGUGGAUCUCUGCUUUUCAAAACUGUUGGUACAGUCAAUCGAACAUCAGCUGUUCACCUUCCUUUUUUUAUAAUCAAUUUUACAAUGUAGAAGCUAUUAAAGCCUAUGAUUCAAACUGCUAAUCUCCAUGAUCAACUAUCAGUUUUUGCCGCUCAGUGGCCGUAACCGUACCCUCGAUACCAGGCAUGUGUUGGAGUAGAUGGUUGUAAAUAUUUGUUGGUUGAGUUCUGAUUUAACUUCAGGCCUCUGAUUGGUCGGCCUGUGUGAGCUGGCAGGAGUUUGGCCAAUCAGAACUCCUGCUGCUUUGUGGCGUGGACUUAAUAUAUAAACAUGUGUUUUACAUAUUAAACAGGAAACAAGUUUAGCACAAUAUGCACAUGAAAUUCUAAAGCCUAAAAUAAAGUUUAUUUAUUAUGUAUUAAAUAUCAUAAUAAGGAAAUUCAUUAUCAGAUUUUAAGUUUUAUUUUAUUUUAUUUUAUCUACAUUUUUCAUCAUUUUUAUUUCAAAAUUUAACAAUUUCUGAGGUGUGCAAAUGUUUUAAAUAUUUAUAUAUAUGUAUAAUAUUUUGAGUUUUUUCGUGGGGAAUGCAUUAUUUUCCACUUUCAGACUCAGUUCAGAAGGACUUUCAUAAUUCACACUUUGGUGUUGUGUUCUUUACGUUCACUGGAAUGCAUCAUCCCACCACAGUGUGAUGCAUUACCCUCCAUUUCCGUCUCAUUUUGUUUUUGUGCGGACUGUUUUUCCCCACCAUUUAUCACUCCUCAGUUUGUGGUCUUGCUUUAUCACAUUUUACAUCUCUCUGAGUUCUUGGUGUUUUAAGUAAAAGAAUUUUUUAUUUUUUUAAUUUGCCCUCAUGGUCUUUAAUUAUUAUCAUUUAGUUUCGGUGGGGAGAUGGAAAACGAGUGCUGUGAAUUUCAUCACUGAUCUGCUUUCCAAACAAAUUAGUGAGGCCUGCCACUGGAGUCCGCAGUGAGCUCGCACUCGCGAAUCCUGCUGCGCAUGGAGCCGCUGGGAUGGGCGGCGACUUCAUGGGAGCUUCCGGCUCGCCGGACCCAGGAAACAAGGCGGUGGGGGAGUGUGGGAAGAGGCUGAGUGACUCUUUAUGGGCCUCUGAAGACCUCAGCUGCAGGUCAGAGAACGUGCGGGACCCCCAGACCAACAGGGGGAGCCCUGAGUGGACUGGAGGUGUGGAUCCUCAGAGGGCGAUCAGCCUCGACGCCUCGGGGUGCCAGACCGAAAUGAGCAAUCUGGCUUUAGUCCGCAGCACGGCUUUGGAAGACCUGACCGCCAUCGGAGACAGAGGCUCGUGGGAUGGUCAAGGAGUGGAGCUGGUUCCAGAGCAUCCUGAAGACGGACCGACGCCUGGUGGAGCAGCUUUCACGUCCUGCAGUGACUCUGGAAACAAAAGUAUCACACAACAGGCUCCUCAUGCACAAAGCCUGCCGCUGUCUAGCUUUGAUUCUCAUGUAGAAGACCUUCAUUCAGCAGAAACCAGUGGGAACAUUUCAGAGAAGGAUCGUCAUUUUGCCAAAUUGCCAUCUGACACCGCAGCCGAAAGCAGCAGUGACUCAUGGUCACAUAGGGCCGGCUCUUCAGAGCCUGACAUUUCUAAUGACUCAGAGACGAGGAGCAGUGUGGUUCAGACCACUGGCACCGCUCAGCUCCAGAAAACAUCCCAACAAAGCGCUUCAGCCAGAAAGUCUCUGGUGCCGGUCGCCGUUUUCAAAGGUCUGUUUGCUGUCAUGUUCACCAGUUCAGAACCAGCCCUCUUCAGUUUACUCCUCCCACUUCUUUGAUUUACAACGCAGCUUCUGCUCUGUUAUGCAGCACUCUCCCUCCAAAUUUUUAUCGGCGGAAGUUAAAUUGACCAGAGGAGAAGCUUGUUAUCCUCCCUCCCCACUUUAGCUUUUUGUUUCAUCUCUCCAUCUCUGCUCACUCUGCUGCAGCCCGAAACAAAAAAACAACAAAAAAAAAAAACACGUUUUGGUUGAGACGUGCACUUACCUGUGCGUUGUGUGUCACGUUGCAUGCUGCAUACCCAACAUCACCACUUUUUGUUGCCGUGAGAAUGUGUUAAGGCGCACACUUGGAAACAAAA